UUUCGGCGGUCGCCUCCCCUCCUCUUAUUCCUCCUCCCCUCUCCGUGCGGGGAGGCAGGCAAGCUCAGACCGGGGGCGUGGAAUCCGACGCCUUCCCUCUCUCGCCGAGCGGCGGCUAGGCUUCGUCCGCAUCUUCUUCCUCAUCGUCGCCGCCAUCCGCCGCCGGACGGCUUCGACUCCGACCUCCUCCGACUGUCCCGCGGCCUUCCUCUACGAGUUCACCCGACCGAUCGAUUCGAUUCCAUGGCCGGCUGGAGCAAUUCCACCGGCACCGGCACCGGCGGUGGCGGGCGAGGAGCAGGAGGAAGAGGCUUCACGAAUCGCCACUUUACUAAUUAUAACAGUGACAUGAUCCACGGUGGUUCCAGCGGCGGCGGCGGCGGCAGGUGGAGAGGAGACAGGUCGAGGGGGAGGCCACCUCCACAGCCUCACUAUUGCUACCGCCCUGUAGAUGCUGCUCAUCGCCAAGCCCAACCUGUAUCUGAACAACAGGCUGCAUCCUCCACUUCCAGUCGCAUCCAACAGCGAACAUAUCCGAUCCCGACGGCAGACAAGUCAUCCGCCUCCGGAACUGCGGCUCCUCCCAGCACCAGGGAGCCCGAUGACAAGGCUACCCGCAGUGCCGCCAACUUUGAGUGCAACGUCUGCUUUGACAUGGCUGCCGAACCCGUCGUCACCAAGUGCGGCCAUCUCUUCUGCUGGGAGUGCCUCUAUCAGUGGCUCCAUGUUCACUCCAACCACCGUGAGUGCCCUGUCUGCAAGGGCCAGGUCGCCGAUGACGCGAUCAUACCCAUCUAUGGGCGUGGUGGCUCUGCAGCCUCUGUAGACAACGCACCGCCAAGGCCCACCGGAGCCAGAGUUGAGAGCUCCAGGCAGCAGCAGCUGCUGCCAACUUUCCCUCCCACCGUACAUGUGGAUGAUGAUGAGGAAGACCCCUUUGAUUUCCCAGGCAUGAUGAACUUUGGUUUUGGAGCUACAGCUACCUCACUCAGAGAUGCUGUCAUGAGCUUCAUGCCUCCCAGCUUUCAAGACAUGGCGCUUGAAGAGUUUGAUGACUACUACUAUGAGUAUGACACCGAUGACUUUGAUGAGGUCUAUGACUACAAUUGGCUGGGUUUUCCAGUGUUUGGAUCUGCUGGGGCUGAGGCUGGCAAUCCCAUUUCUUCACAGGCACAUGCUGAUAUGAUCAAUAUUAGGAACAACAUUGUUGGCGCUACCACUGGCAUCUAUCAUCAGCAAGAAGUUGGCUACCCUGGUGCGAACCCUCAUAACAGAGGGAGACGUCGCCGUAAUCGUGCAAGGCCAUCAGCAGAUAACUCGAGCACCAACGGGAUGGUGAUGGGUGGUGCUUUCUACCGCGACAACGGUGCCAGUUAUAAUGUUAGUGCAGGUGCUUCUUCUCGGCCUAACGGCGGCUGGGUUGAGAGAAGAGGAAGAAGCAGCAGGAAUUCAAAUGCAGCUGGUGGAAGAGGAGGGAUGCAGGAUAGCAGGAGACAGAGGACACAUUACAAUUGAUGCCAAUUUUCGGUGAGGCUCGAUGACAGCAGUGUUGAGAUAAACAAACAAAGUUGUCAAUCCUUCUUCUUCUUUUUGUUUCUCUCUCUUCAUCCUUUUGUAGUCCGUGGCUAUGCGCAGCCUUGGUAAACAUACUGGACGCAUUUUCGUUCUUUUCCCUGAUGGAAUGUGUGGUAGACUGGCUGAAAUACUCUGCUUGGUUGGUGUUAGUACAUCUGAUACAUGCACUAGAGUCAAGCUUAUGGCAUUGGACUAGUUAAUACAUGAGUUAGCCGUCUUGUUAAUUCGUUAA